AUGAAUACCCAAGUGAAUGAAAAUGACCCUCUAAAAUCAGAAACUAAGAAGCAAGAUGACUAAGAUGUGCCUUACCUUCAAUUAUAUAGGUUUGCUUCGAAAUAUGAUUAUGGACUAAUGCUUCUCAGUAUGAUCGGAGCACUUGGAAAUGGAUUAUCAAUGCCAAUCUAUUCAAUUAUUUUCGGUGACCUCACUGAUUCCUAUGCUUACGAUGAUGACAAUAUCAAAAUCAGGAAGGCUGGAUUCAACACAUUGUAAAUAUUUUUUGGUGACUUUAGAUAUAUGGCAAUUUUGGGAAUUAGUACUCUAUUAGUGACUUUGUUGAUGUAUGCAACAUUUUCCAUCAGUACUGAGAAUCAAACCAAAAAAUUGAGGAGGCGUUACCUAGAAUGUCUUUUAAAAAAGUAGGUUAUGUGGUAUGAUUAAGUGAAUACAAAUGCUUUAAACCAAAAAAUAAACAACGAAAUAUCUUCAAUAUCUGAAGCAAUAGGAGAGAAGACUAUGACAUUUACCUUUUCUUUUUGUGCCUUUAUAAGCGGUUUCAUAGUUGGAUAUAUAAAGGGUUGGAAAUUAGCCUUAGUAAUCACUUCAGCUCUACCGCUGCUGGCUGUUACAAUAGCUUUUAUUGGAUUUUCAGCAUCUUGGAGGGAGCAAUUCACAAUAAAGUCAGACAUCGAGGCUUCAGCUGUGGUCGAAGAAACACUGAGUUAGAUCAAAACCGUGAAGAUGCUUGAUGGAGAGGAAUUUGAAUUUCAAAGGUUCAAGAAGAUCAUAAUGCACUCAUCCAAAUCGAUAAUUAAAUAUGGAUUAUUUUAUGGUUUGUCGUUUGGAUCUAUGCAAGGAUUUCAACAAUGGACUUAUGCAUUGGGAAUAUUUUACAGUGGUCAAUUAGUUGACCCUGAAUAUACAGGUCCAGUAUAUACAUCUGGCAGUAUUUGCACUGUGUUUUUUGCCAUUCUGAUGGGAAGCUUUUCCUUAGGAUAAAUCGGUCCUUGUCUAUAGUGUUUUGCCAAAGGAAAAUUGGCAGCAAGAGAAGUCUUUAAAAUUUUAGAUGAGAAACUAGUUAUAGAAGAAAAUAAUGAAUUCCUAAAAUGUGAUGAUUUUAAUGGCGAUAUUUAGUUUAAGGAUGUCUCUUUCUCUUAUCCUACAAAACAAGAAAUUUAAGUGUUAAAGAAUGUCUCCUUCACAAUUCCUUAAAGUAAGAAGGUUGCAUUUGUGGGGUAGAGUGGGUCUGGGAAAUCUACAAUAGCUUAAUUAUUGCUUAAGUUUUAUGAAAUUGAUAGUGGAGUAAUUUUAGUAGGCUAAAAUGAAGUACCCUUGAAUAGUAUUGGAAAGGAGUAGUUUAGAAAGAAAAUUGCCAUUGUUUCUUAAGAACCUGCUCUAUUUAAUACCACAAUCAGAGAGAAUUUGAAAUUGGGGAAUCAGAGUUGCAAUGAUGAAGAAUUAAAAGCAAUGUUAGUAUCUAUGAAUGCAUCAGAAUUGAUUGAUCAUUUAGAUACUAAUGUAGGCAUAAAUGGGAAUUAAUUUAGUGGUGGUUAAAAAUAGAGAAUAGCAUUGGCUAGAGCAUUGUUAUAAAAACCAGAUAUUUUAAUUUUGGAUGAAGCUACCAGUGCCCUCGAUAGAACAAAUGAAUAAUAAAUAACUAAAAUUAUAGAUGAACGAUAUUCAAAUAUAACUAGAAUUGUUAUUGCUCAUCGUUUAACUACUAUUUAGGAUAGUGAUGUCAUUUUUGUGUUUCAAUAAGGGUUGAUUUUAGGAUAAGGUACGCAUACUGAAUUAUUGCAAAAAUGUGAAUAAUAUGCUUAUUUAAUCUCAAAACAAUAGACAAAAGAGGAAGCCAUCAUUAGAAAGAGAACUGAAAGGUCACUUAAAAAGACCUAGAUAUAUGAUGUGAAUCAAUCUGAAAAAUCAAGAAUUAGAUUGAUUGAUACAGAAAAUGAAAUAGCGAAGAUGUCAAUUGCUAGAGAAGAAACUCAACUAAAGUAAGAUACAAUUGAAGUAAGCAGUGAAAAAUCGUUUAUUCAAACUUUGAAAGGUCUCAUAUUCCUUAACUAUAAAGAAGUUCAUUAUUUAAUCCUGGGUUGCUUAACAGCAUUUGUUAAUGGAUCGAUAUAUCCAUUGUUCUCUCAAGUGAUUGCAGAAGUAAUUGAAGCACUACUAGUUAAUAAUCCUCAAUUCAAUAUUGAAAAUAGCACACCAGAAGAGAUUCAAAAUAAAGUUGACAAUUUGAAAGAAUCUAUUCUAAAAUGUGAAACCAAUCUAUUCAUUUUAGGAUUUGUCUAUUUUAUUUCAUCAGCUGUAGAAUGCUUUUGCUUCAGUGUCUACUCUGAAAGAUUGACUAUAAGAAUGAGAUUGGAAAUGUUCAAUAAAUUCUUGCAUUUACCUGUAUCAUUUUUUGACAAUCCCAAUAAUAAUGUAGGAUUCUUAACUACUAGAGUCACUACUGAUGCGAGAACAGUCUAAUAACUCUUUUAAAAUAUUAUUGGAUUCAAAUGUCAAUAUUAUUCUGCCAUUUUCGUUGGGUUUACAUUAGCAUUUAUUUCAUCUUGGAAACUUACUCUAUUAGCAAUUGGUAUAGCUCCUCUUUCCUAUUUAGGAAGUGUGUUAAGUUCAAAAUAUGUGGUUGGAUCAUAACAAUCAUUUUGCGAAUAGGUUUAUGUGACAAGUAAUAGGAUCUUAAUGGAAACUCUAACUAAUAUUAGAACUGUCUAUUCAUUGAGAGCUGAAAAUGUGUUGGUUGAAUAAUAUACCAAACUCUUGGAAGAGCCAAGCUAAUAAGCGAAAAAACUUGGUGCUUGGAUUGGAGUUAGCUCAGGAUAUGCAUAACUGAAACCGUUUUUUGUUAACGGGUACCUCUUCCUUAUGGGAACUCUACUCCUAUAUUAUGACGGGUUAGCUGUACUUGGAAUCUAUUAAACAAUUUUAGCAAUUAUCUUUGCUGUAGUUGGAGGUGCCAAGGAUAUUUAUUUCCAGUCUGAUAACGCUAAGGCUAAAAUGGCUAUCAACUAUUAUUUUAAUCUAUUAGAAGUUGAAGAUGAAUUUCAACGAGAAAAUCGACUAAAAUCAUAAAGACUUAAAGUACCUAUUUUGGGCAAUUUGGAAUUCAAGGAUGUUACUUUUAGUUAUCCCUAAAGACCAAACAUUUAAGUACUUAGGAACUUAAAUCUCAGAAUCGAGGCAUGCACAACUGUUGGUUUUGUAGGUUCAUCAGGAUGUGGCAAAUCCACUUUGUUUUAGUUGCUAUUGAGAUUCUAUGAUGUUGUUUCUGGGGAUAUACUGCUAGAUGGUUAGUCUAUUUAUGAUUUUGAUUUGAAAUACCUGAGGUAACAUUUUGCAAUUGUCCAAUAAGAACCACAAUUAUUUAAUGAAACAAUCUACUACAACAUUUAAUAUAAUCUUAAAGGCAUUACUUAAGAAGAUAUUGAGAAUGCAGCCAAACUAUCCCAUGCUUAUGACUUCAUUAUGCAAGAAGAUUUUGGUGGAUUUAAAAAGAAGGUAGGCAGCAAAGGAAGUUUGAUUUCAGGUGGCUAAAAGCAAAGAAUUGCUAUUUCUAGGGCUGUUCUCAGAAAUUCAAGUGUAUUUUUGUUUGAUGAAGCUACCAGUGCUUUGGAUUCAAACGUUGAGUCAAUAGUUUAGAAACAAAUUGAAGAAUACUUAAUUGGCAAGACCUCCAUUGUUAUAGCUCACAGAAUAUCAACGAUUAAGAAUUGCAAAGUCAUCUAUGUUUUUGAUAAAGGUUAGGUUAUUGAAUAAGGAGAUUACAAUUUUCUUGUAAGUUAAAAGGGUCAUUUCUAUCAUCUCGAAUAAGGUCUCCUUAAUUAGAAUCAAGAAAAUGAAAUGAGUUUCUAAUAAGUGGAUGUUGAUGAAUGA